AUGACAGCAAAGGUGCAGGCCACGAGGAUUUCGAGCCCAUUCCCGCAGGACACCGCGACGCCUUCGGACACAUUUCAGAUCUUGCAAAGACAAGGGAUGCGUCAGGUGGCCUCUACCGUGUGGAUGGCGGAAACUCCCCGACAGACGCAUCCAGCGAGCGUUCGUCAGGUCAUGAGAUCAGCAUCCAGCCCAAGCACAGCUGUGGUGGCCGCUGUGGCAGCUGUUGCGAAGGUAAAGGCAGUUCAGCGGUCCAAGCCCGAUCAGUGGGUACCGGUGGUGCCAGCUGCGAGUGAGACGUGGAACCGACGGAUCUCUGAUGCACACUGCGCUGCCCUGGAAAGGCAGAGUUUACAGAGUUCGACUGGCACCUUGGACACCCCUGGAACGGCCACUCAAAGGAUGCUCUGCCAGCCAGUGGCAGCAACUCAAUCAUGGGCAGAUCUGGCGGCGAGGGCGCGUGAGUCCUGCCAACAAGCCCUUCAAGCCGUUGCCAGCCCGAGCCCCUUAACUCCGAGAACGGCAUGGAUGGACCUCUCACCGCGGAGCAAGUCUUUAUCUCGCUUCGAUGGCGCCAGCUCACCUCCGCCAAGAGCGCGUGUGGAGCAUCGAUUCGUCGCAGACCCAAUGUUGCCAGCGACCCGUACCGCUUCUCCGAUGGCACGAUCGCCAGUGUACGAUCACCGCAACACCGUUUGGCUAGACACGAUGAGGUCACCUCGUCCGACAGCACAGGUUGCCGACCUUUGGAUUCAAGAGCCUCGGUGCAGGACGUUGGCCUCGCCUAUCGUCACGCAGCGCAGAGAGGCUGUUGUGUGGAGACCGCAGUCUCCUCUUGCCGCGAUGCCGACUUUGACAUCGCCCAGCUGCUUGCUUCAGUUUGGGGCAUUUCGCGGCGCAGACGCCCGUAGCCACCUGGGAAGUCAGAGCAUGGCCUGGUCCUUCAAUCUUUCUGUCGCACUUAUCCCAAGCGCGUUUGGGGACAUGUACCAACUCUUGGCUUAG